CUCAAACGAAUCGGACGCGAAAUGCCAAAAUCGAGCGGGAAUUCGGACCCAGAACGCCGAGUGAUAUUUGAAUAAUAUUUUACUCGUUUUCGUACUGAACAAGCGGAAUAUCCGCUCGUGGUUGUGUAAGUUCGACGAAUGCGCGGAUUCGACAGGAGCGCGAUUUCUGAAAUAUUUAUGAUACUGUCAGUGCGAGUUAAUAAAUUGUGAAAAGCUGCAGCGGGUUUUCGAAAGAUUGAGGAUCUCAAAAGUGAAAUGUUUUCAGUUGUUGAACAGUUUAUUUCGACCGACGGACUACGCGAAAAUCGUAUCGUAACGGAAAAUAUACCGCGCUACACUAAAUAAGCGAAGCAUUAACGGAAAAACAAUAUUUUCAAACGCUAUAAGAAUUUCGGUUGUAAAAUAUCUGUGAGAAACCCAAAGGAAAUGUAACCCGAAAGUAUCGGCACAUCGGAGUCUUAUUAUUAUAGACUUUUCCACUAGGCAGUGAUUGAAUUUGUGAUUUUCGGCUAAAAACCUGGCUAAUCCAUUUGCCAGCUUUCUUAAAGACGAAUUCCAGCGAAAUCUUGAAGCACUUUACCGGAAAGAUAGUAGUUAAUACUAAGAAGGAUAUACUUUCCGAUAUUCAACCGCAGCUGCGUCUUUUAUUGGCGGCCACACGCACAAAAUGAUUAUGACGAUGUUGCAGACAGCAAGGUCCUGGUCCUGGCAACAGGAUUCGGAAGUGGAGCAGCGAAAACAGCAUAAGCAACGAUGGCGACCUGAUGGGGCACACAUAUCAGCGGCUUACGACCUCAACAGUGAUAAUGACGACGGCCACCGCAGGGUGGUGCAUAAUCAAAACAACGGCAGUCCAAACAGCUCGCCAAAUCACAGCACUUCCGCCUUCCGACAGCGGCAACCGCACCACCCACCCACCAGCAGCAGACAACAGCAGCCAUCCCGGUCACCCCGGUCGUCCUGCUCCGUAACCCACUUCUCCAGCCGGACAACGCUGCCCAUCCUGCUCGCCGUGCUCUCCGCUUCCGCGCUGACAGCCUCCGCCAAUGUCACCAGCACCAUCAGUCCGCCCAUCAACGGCAGCAGCACCGAUUACAUCCUGCUCUACGGCGACCCCACCACAUCCAUCGUGCCCGCCCUGACCACCGGACUCUCUCUCUCGGGGGACGGAAGUGGUGCCGUCAUCGAGGACGAGGACGCGGAGGAUGCGGAGAAGGCCAGCGAGUACAUCUUUGAUCGCACCGAUGUGCGCAUAAUAUUCAUCACCCUCUACACACUGGUGUUUUGCUGCUGCUUCUUUGGUAAUCUCCUUGUUAUUUUGGUGGUCACAUUAUCGCGACGACUUCGCUCAAUAACAAACUUUUUCCUGGCCAACUUGGCGUUCGCCGACUUCUGUGUGGGACUCUUUUGUGUUAUGCAGAAUCUGUCCAUCUAUCUGAUAGAAAGCUGGGUCUUCGGCGAGUUCCUCUGCCGCAUGUACCAGUUUGUCCACUCCCUGAGCUACACGGCCUCCAUUUUCAUCCUGGUUGUCAUCUGCAUGGAGCGCUACUUUGCCAUUGUGCAUCCCAUUACCUGCAAACAGAUCCUAACUGCCGCUCGUCUGAGGAUGGUCAUUGUCACAGUUUGGAUUACAUCGGCAGUUUACUCCACGCCCAAGUUUGUUUUCAGCAAGACCAUUAAGAACAUCCACACGCAGGACGGCCAGGAGGAGGAGAUUUGUGUCCUCGACCGCGAGAUGUUCAACUCGAAGCUGCUGGACAUGAUUAACUUCGUGCUCCUCUACGUUAUGCCUCUGCUGGUGAUGACGGUGCUGUACAGCAAAAUCGCCAUCGCCUUGUGGCGCAGUUCACGCGGCCUCACGCCGCAUGUGGUGCAGCAUCAGCAUCAGCAGCAGCAGCAGCCGCAGCAGGCAUCGUGCCAGGACAUUGGCAUGGGUAUGCACAACAGCAUGUACCACCACCACCAGCACCAGCACCACCAUCACCACCACCACCCGCACCACCAGCUGCCAUCGGCGGCCUCCUCGUCAGGAUCCGUUCCACUGGCGGGAGUGGGUUUGGGUGGAGUUGGAGGUGGUGGGGGUGGUAAUGGUCCUGGUCCGUCACUCGCUUCUGGCGGCAGCAGCACCACGUCCUUGUCCCGCAAACAGAGCAGUAAAUAUGAGAAGCGCGGCGUCAGCAUCACGGAGAGCCAGCUCGAUAAUUGCAAGGUGUCCCUGGAGGCCGAUCGUCCCAUUGUCAGUGCCUGCCGCAAGACGAGCUUCUACCACCACGGCCAUGGCCACGCCCACCACCAGCGGGCGGGCAACUCCUCGGUGGGCGGCGUCGGCGGCGGAGGCGGGGGCGUGGCUGGAGCCACCCACAUGUCCCACUCGUCCAGCAACGUCCUACGCGCCCGGCGCGGCGUCGUCCGCAUGCUGAUAAUAUUCGUGCUGACAUUCGCCCUCUGCAAUCUGCCCUAUCAUGCCCGCAAAAUGUGGCAGUACUGGUCACGUUCGUAUCGCGGUGAUUCCAAUUUUAAUGCGCUGCUAACACCGCUCACCUUUCUGGUCACGUACUUCAAUUCGGGCGUAAAUCCCCUUCUCUACGCCUUCCUCAGUCGCAAUUUUCGGAAGGGCAUGAAGGAGCUGCUGCUCUGCUCCUGGAAGAAGGGCAAGGGCAAGUCCUCCUCCAACUCCUCGAUGCACCACAAGCGCAAGGCGCUGCAGACCCACUCGCUGCCCACGGACACCACCCACAUCGGGAACGAGCAGCUAUGAUGGCCACGCGGCUGGAGGAGGCCCCUCAAGCUCUUCGGGCGCCGCUCUUAGGACCCCCAGCCCAUCGAAGGAUGGACCCACUUCCGGUCCGUUAGCUAGUACUUCAUUGUGAUCUUGGAGGCCAGCCUAUCGCUCAGAUCGAGUCGGCGGCCAAAGCGGAACUGGUGUCAAGUUGUAUUGAUAGAGUAAGCCAAUUCUUAAGAUAAAACCAAUUAACUUAUAUGCAGCUCCUGGAGCAUUGCUCUCAAGUUCUUAGUGUAAGCAUAUGAUUUAGUGCGAGUCGGCAUAAAUAAAUAAAUGAAGCAGCAAGGUUCAUUACUGCUUGCAAAAAUAUA